AUGCUAUCGCCAAAUUCACUCGGGGGCGUUAGGCUUGCACCUAGCCCAUCGCGUUCUCCAGCGACAGAAGCCAGUUCUCCGACGGACGUCGAUGAUGAUUCUGGCUCUGAAGAUGACCCUUCUCACACAGAGGCCCCGGAGCCUCAGAGGGGGGCACGAAAAGUACUUGACAACAUGCAGUUUUCUCAAUUCAUGAGAACUCAUCAGGAGAAGUUGAUUAAUUCAACUGUUGGCCCGGAUAUUAAGCUUGAUGAGAAGUCUAUGUAUCUGCUCGUGCGAGAGGCAGAAAGCGAGAAGAUCAUUUCGAGUCCCAGAGAAUACCAGACUGAGUUAUUCGAGAGAGCCAAGCAGAAAAAUAUCAUUGCCGUCCUUGAUACCGGGACGGGUAAAACGCUCAUUGCUGCGCUUCUCCUUCGUUAUACCCUUGACCAGGAACUAGAGGACAGAAGCGUUGGCAAGCCGCCACGAGUUUCUUUCUUCUUGGUCGACAAAGUUGCAUUGGUCCAUCAGCAGUACGAGGUGCUCAAAGCUAACCUUGACCAUCCCGUCCAUCGAUUCCACGGACAUCUUGGUGGUUUCACACUCACCCGCGAUUUCUGGCAGAAAACUGCGGCGGAGAGUAUGGUGAUUGUUUGCACUGCGGAGAUCCUACUCUCGUGUCUUCAUCAUUCGUUCGUCAAAAUGGAGAACAUCAACCUUCUCAUAUUCGACGAAGCUCAUCAUACAAAAAAGAACCAUCCGUAUGCUAGAAUAAUCAAGGAUUUUUAUGCUUCGCUAGAAAUAGGAGAAAAAAGACGACCUCGGAUCCUAGGUAUGACUGCAUCACCUGUUGAUGCUAAAACAGAUGUUACUUCCGCUGCCGCAAAGUUGGAGGGGCUCCUGCAUAGCGAGAUAGCCACAGUAGCCGAUCUCUCGAUCUAUGCGAAGUCUUCCAUUAACCGACCAAUCGAAGAUUUCAUCGAGUAUACCAGACCGCCGGAACCCUUCGAGACCCUCCUCUGGCAAAAGUUGCAUAAGUUGGUCGGGCACAAUGAUGUCUUUAGAAGACUGUUCUUCUAUUCAAGGUGCUGCACUACAGAAUUGGGCCGCUGGUGCGCGGAUCGAGUUUGGAAGAUAUGCCUCACCGAGCAAGAAGCCCAGAAGUUGGAGGCAAGGACAGAGAAAAAUUUCUCGUCUGGAAAAGUGCAGCUUCCAAUAGCCGCCCUUGAUGCCGAAAGAUCGGCCGUCAGGGAGGCCUAUCAGAUAGUGGCGAACCACUCGAUGCCCGAACUCGAUCGCAACUCUUUCUAUCUAUCACACAAGGUCGAGGCGCUCAUUGAGGCGCUCCAAAAGCAUUUAGAUCCAAAGGAGGAUAAGUGCAUCGUAUUCACAGAACAGCGCCUUACUGCCAUGUUGCUAACCGAUCUCUUGAAGCAGCCGAGUCUAAAUAUGCCUGAUAUCAAGCCCGGCAUGCUGCUAGGAGCGAGCAACGACUCAGGGGACAUGGGGAUGACGUUGAAAGACCAAUUCGUGACCAUGUACCAAUUUCGAAAUGGUGACAUUAACUGCCUAUUCUCCACGAGUGUUGGAGAAGAAGGCAUCGACAUCCCCGACUGCAAUAUCAUCAUCAGGUUUGACCUUUGCAAGACGAUGAUCCAAUAUAUUCAAUCAAGAGGUCGAGCACGGCGCAAGGACUCAAAGUUCUUUCAUAUGGUUGAAUUCACUAAUCAGGGUCAGGUACAAACCAUCUUUGACAACGAAGAUAGCGAAGUUAGACUUCGCAAAUUUUACAACACGUUAUCUGAAGACCGAAUUCUUACCGGCAAUGAUUAUAAGAUAGACUAUUUUCUCUCUCAAGAGAAGAGCCUCCGCACCUACAUCGUGCCUUCAACUCGCGCAAAGUUGACCUACAAAAUCAGUCUUACGAUUCUAGCCAACUUCGUCUCAACCCUGCCACGACCAUUGGACACCAUUUAUUCUCCGGAUUAUAUCAUAAGAAAUGUUGGCCGUGAAUUCGAAUGCGAGGUUCUUCUACCAGAUACUUCUCCAAUCAAAAGCGCAGUUGGACGUCGUGCAACGUCCAAACAAGUCGCCAAGUGCGCGGCAGCGUUUGAAAUGUGUCUGCAACUAAAGAAAAAGAAAUACCUCGACGACUAUUUACAAUCAACAUUUACCAAAAAGCUCCCGAGCAUGCGCAACGCACAUCUAGCUAUCAGUUCCAAGAAACGCGCCGAAUAUCCUAUGCGUACGAAGCCCGAAAUGUGGGAUAGCCGAGGUAUGCCGGAGAGGUUGUUUCUGACGGUAUUGAAGAUGACUUCUCCAGAGGCCCUGGGAAGAUCAUCAAGACCUCUGGCUAUUCUUACGAGAUGUCCACUCCCGCAAAUAGCCAAAUUUCCCCUAUUCUUCGAUCAUCAGCGUACCUCGGACGUGGAAUGUGUGCCCCUAUCUGCCAUCUUAGAGGUAGAACACGAAGAUAUCGAGCAAAUGAAUCAUUUCACGCUGAAGAUAUUUGAUGAAAUAUUUAGUAAGGAGUACCGCUCGGCACCGGAAAAGAUGCCAUAUUUUCUUGCGCCCCUUGUACAUCCCCACGACUACGACUUUACUAGUAUCGCCAAUGACGCCCGCACUAUCAUCGACUGGGAAUGUCUUGCCAUGCUUCAAACGACAACAAGAUAUCUCGAUCCAGAAAAUCAACCAGAUGAAUUUUUCGAGAACAGGUUUGUCAUUGACCCACAUGAUGGUUCGCGUAAAUUUUACACUGUUCGCCGCCGCCGGGAUCUUAAGCCAACAGAUCCAGCAGCUUGUGGAGUACCCAGGAAACAGGGUGGUGGAAAGGGUAUGAAAGGGACGCCAGGAGACAUUUGGAACUUCAGUAUCAGCUUAUGGUCUAGGACGCGAUCCAAAUUAACAGUUCGUCUUGAUUUACCUGUGGUUGAAGCCGAGUAUAUUCCACUUCGACGGAAUCUCCUCGACGAACUCGACAGACCUGAAGAGGUAGAACGAAAAUGCUUCCUUAUCUUUGAGACUCUGAAGAUAUCCCCGCUACCGAUUGAUGUGAUUGCCAUGGCUUACAACUUACCUGCAAUAAUCUACAGGCUCGAGACGAGUAUCAUCGUACUAGAAGCAUGCCAAUCUCUAUCCCUAAGCAUUCGCCCCGACCUCGCCCUUGAGGCAAUGACUAAGGAUAGUGACAACACCGAAGAACACUCUGAGGAGCAGGUGAACAUCCAGCGAGGCAUGGGAAAGAAUUACGAACGUCUUGAAUUCCUUGGCGAUUCAUUCUUAAAGAUGAGCACCACAAUUGCUUUGUUUUCUCAGAUUCCCGAUAGCAACGAAUUCCAAUACCAUGUUGACCGCAUGCUGCUUAUUUGCAACAAGAACCUCUUCAACAACGCGCUCGACUUGAAGCUUGAGGAGUCAGUCCGGUCAAAAGGGUUCAACCGGCGAAUUUGGUAUCCGGAUGGCCUAGAACUAUUGAGAGGCAAGCAGAAUAAUAGUAUUAUGGGGAGAAAGGGUAGCGGCAGGGGAGUUCACACGCUUGCAGAUAAAUCAAUUGCAGACGUUUGCGAGGCACUCAUUGGGGCAUGCUACCUUACCACUUACGAACAAGGCAGCUUUGACUUAGCUAUCCAGGCUGUGACCAAAUUCGUCAACCACCCAAACCAUAAGAUGACGGUUUAUGAAGAUUAUUACAAGGCAUACCAAAUUCCUGAGUGGCAGAGCGCUGAAGCUACAGCAGUUCAACGAGAAGUCGCUAGGCAAAUCGAGGAGAAGCUUGGCUACAAAUUCACCUAUCCCCGUCUAUUGCGCAGCGCAUUUAUGCAUCCGUCUUAUGGCACCAUUUACGAGCGAAUCCCCAAUUACCAGCGACUGGAGUUUCUUGGAGAUUCAUUGCUCGAUAUGGUUUGUGUCGACUUCUUAUUCCAUCGAUACACGGGCGCGGAUCCUCAGUGGUUAACGGAGCACAAGAUGGCUAUGGUGUCGAAUCAAUUUCUAGGCUGCCUGUGCGUUUCCCUUGGCCUGCAGACGCACAUGCUAUCAAUGACUGGUGGGCUGCAGAAGGAGAUUGCCGAAUACGUGGCCGCAAUCACAGCGGCACGCAAGAGAGCAGAGGAGGAAGCCGAAUCGGCUAAUCUCGGCCGCGCGUCAUACGCUCGGAACUUCUGGGUCGAGGUCCAGCGGCCGCCCAAAGCGCUCCCCGACAUCGUCGAGUCGUACGUCGGCGCGCUCUUCGUCGACAGCGGGUACGACUACGGCCAGGUGCAGCGCUUCUUCGACGCACACAUGCGGCCCUACUUCGAGGACAUGCACAUCUACGACACGUUCGCGAACCGGCACCCGGUCACGUUCCUGGCCAACAUGCUGCAGCUGCACUUCCGCUGCGCCGACUGGCGCCUCAUGAUCCAGGAGAUCGCCGUCGAGGGCGCGCCCCUCGGCCACGCCCAGGUCAUCUGCGGCGUCAUGGUCCACGGCCAGGUCCGCGAGCACGCCACCGCCGCCAGCGGCAGGUACGCCAAGAUCGCCGCCGCCAAGAAGUUCGUGGCCAGGCUGCAGGCCAUGAGCGUCGACGAGUACAAGCGCACGUUCGGCUGCGGCUGCUCGCCCGAGGAGGCGGAGAACUCGGAUCCGCUGGCGCAUGCUACUGCCGUCUGA